AUGAUUUCUGUUUCGCCUGGAAAAGCUAAGGCAAACCGAUCGUUGUAUAUUGUAGCUGGGGUGUUUGAGAAAUUUACUGAGAGAGUAAUUAAAGCGGUUAUGUUUUCCCAGAGGGAGGCGAAAGCUUUGGAGGUAGAAAUGGUGUAUACCCAGCAUCUUUUGCUAGGACUUAUCGCAGAAGAUCGUGCUUCCGGUGGGUUUUUAGGCUCUGGAAUCACAAUCGAGAUGGCUCUCCAAGCCAUUCAGAGCAUUUGGCAUAUCGAUACUGAUGAGGAGGAGGAGAAUGGUAAGGGUAAUGGGAGUGGUCUUGGUCCUGAGGGAAUAUAUGAACUCUGCCUGAAUGACAAUGAGACAUCUUUCUUGGAGAUGGAGCAAGUCCAACAAUUUUCCUCCUCCUCAUCAGUAUCGCUGCAGGAGAGCUUAAUGAUCAACACCUUGCAGUUUAAUCUUUCAAUGGGAUGUUAUAACAGCAUAGUUUUCCUGACACAUUUGAAGCUACGAGCCUAUCCCCACAUUGGAAGGGACGACACUCGUAUGAGGUGUGAGGAAAGGUCACACGUGAUGGAAGCAUUUGUGGGAAUUCUCAUAGAUACUUUGAAUUCCAUGAUCCAGAAGGAGCAUAGAUUGCCUUGUGGUGUUGCAACCAACAUGCAAAAGCUUUCAAGCUUGCUCUCCACCAUCAAGGAAGUCCUUGAAGAUGCAGAGCAGCAGCGAUUCACAAACAAGGCAAUACAACUCUGGUUUAAGGAGCUCAAUGUUGUUGCCUGUGAAAUCGAUGAUGUAUUAGAUGACUACGCAGCUGAAGCCUCAAGAGUCAAGUACAAAAAGUCUGGUUGUUUAAGUUUUAUGUGUUACCCUGUAGCAGGAAACUUAGUGUUUCGUCACAGGAUUGGGACAAGGAUGAAGGAGAUCCUUGAAAAAUUUAAUGCAAUUGCUGAUGAGCAAACAAAGCUUGGUUUGAGUGAUCAGAAGCGUGGGAGCUAUUUCAAUGCAAGCCGUGAGACUGGAUCCACGGUAAAUGAACCUGAAGUUCUUGGAAGGGACGAGGAAAAAGGGCAGAUUGUAGACAUCUUGAUGAAAGAAAAGGAUAGAGAUGAUCAGAAUGUAUCAGUGCUCCCUAUAGUGGGUGUUGGAGGCCUUGGAAAGACAACACUUGCCCAAUUGGUGUUUAAUGAUGAGCGCAUAGUCACUCAUUUUGAGCCAAAACUCUGGGUUUGGGUUUCAGAGGAUUUCGAUGGGAAGAGGAUUAUAAAAGCCUUAAUUGAGUCUGUAGAAAAGACUUUUAUUGGAGACUUACCCUUGGAUACUCUCGAAAGCAAUCUUCAAGAGUUAUUGAGAGGGAAAAGAUACUUGAUUGUACUGGAUGAUGUCUGGAAUGAGAAUCCACGGGAAUGGAAGAAGCUGAAAUCUGUUCUGGAAUGCGGAUCAAGUGGUAGUUCAAUUGUCGUGACAACUCGCAUGGAGAAGGUUGCCACAAUAAUGGGCACAUUACAAACAUAUUAUCUGUCGAGUUUGUCAGAGAAUUUGUGUUGGUCACUAUUUAGGCAACGGGCAUUUGGCCGUCAAGAGGCUAAAGAAUAUCCUAACCUUGUAGUUAUUGAAAAAGAGAUUGUGAAAAAAUGUGGUGGUGUUCCGCUGGCUGCAACGGCUCUCGGAGACUUUCUACGAUUUAAAAGGGAAGAAAAUGAAUGGAACUACGUGAAGUGCAGUGAAAUUUGGAACUUACCUGAAGAUAAAGUGCAUAUCUUGCCCGCAUUGAGAUUGAGCUACCUUAAUCUUCCGGUAGAGUUGAGAGGUUGCUUUGCAUAUUGUGCAGUAUUUCCCAAGGGAUCUAAAAUUAAAAAAGAAGAGGUAAUACAUUUGUGGAUGGCAAAUGGAUUGAUUUCAUCUAAUGAAACGAUGGAAGUGGAAGAUGUUGGUGUUGCUGUGCUGACUGAACUAUAUUAUAGAUCACUAUUCCAAGCAGUAAAGGAAGAUGAAUUUGGCAAUGCCCUCACUUUUAAGAUGCAUGAUCUUGUCCAUGAUCUGGCUCGAUCAGUAAUGGAUGCUAAACACGGUGGAACAGAGUCAAAUAGAGCCAUGAUGUUGGAUAUCACAGGCACUGGCCAGUUUUCUUCUUUCUUGUCAAAAUGUGGUUCCCUGAGGGCGCUCAUUGUAAGAUCAGCACAGUCGGAAGAAGUGCUUACUAAGUUGCCACCUGCUGUAAGCAAGCUGAAACAUUUAAGGCAUUUAGAUCUUUCGGGAUCUGACAUUGAUGAACUACCCAAUUCAAUUUGUGACUUGUGGAAUUUGCAAAUUUUAAACCUAAAUGAUUGUGAAUAUCUUCGGUGUCUGCCCAAAGGCAUGAGAUUCCUCAGAAAUCUUCGACAUCUUUGUCUACAGAGGUGUGGGAAUUUGACUGACAUGCCAAAUGGAACUGGGAAGUUGACUUGCCUGCGGACGUUGAGUAUGGUCGUCUUGGGUGGCCAAAAAGGCUUCCAACUAAGUGAGUUGCGAGACUUAAAUGAGCUUAGAGGAGAGCUAAUAAUUAGGAACCUUGAGAGGGUUGAAGAUAAAAAGGAUGUAGUAGAAGCUUGCUUAAUUAGAAAACAGAGUCUCCGCAGGCUGUAUUUGUAUUUUAAUUGGGGUUCUGAAAGAACGCUUCAAUGGUACAAAGAUGAGGAAGUGCUUGAAGCCUUGAAACCCUUCGCUAACCUUCAAUCGCUGCACAUAGAAGGCUUCAACGGUUCAUCAUUUCCGGCUUGGUUUUCAACUGUAACAACUGUUCGUGUGUACAACAGUGCAACGGAUUACAUAGUUGAGAGUACCGCCACUGCUGCUACAAGGUCCCCAUCAUUGAAAACACUGGUGUUAUGGGACAUGCCCAACCUACAAGGAAUGUUAAAAAGAGAAGUCCAAACACUAGUGUUCUCUCAACUUCAAUCCUUGUAUUUUUUGGAUUGCCCAACGUUGAUGUUGCCAUUGCCACGUAUGCCGUCCCUAAAGGAGUUAGACGUCAAUAUGUGCCCGAACAUGGCAUGGGAUUCAAUCUCCACUCUCACUAGUCUUAACUCCCUUGAAGUUGGGAACAUUGAAGGAUUGAGCUGUUUUCCAGAAGAGAUGCUACAAAAUCUUAGUCUUCUUGAAUCGCUGAAAAUUAAGCAGAUGAAGAUUCUGCAAGCCUUACCCAGAAGCUUCGCCAGCCUCACGGCUUUGAAGGAGUUGACCAUCGAGGAAUGUCCCAAGCUGGAGUCUCUACCAGAAGAAGGAUUGCGAGGCCUUGCUUCCUUGCAAGAACUCCAUUUGUUCGACUGCUUUAAUUUGGUGAGUCUCUCAAUGGGGACUAAAGCCCUCAAAUCCCUGACUCAUCUACGCAUCUUCGGGUCAAACGCGACAGCUUUGCCAGAGGAAGUCAAACAUUUCCCCGCAUUACAAGAACUGGAGCUGGAGAGUUUUUCCAAUCUAACUUCAUUGCCAGACUGGUUUGGAGACCACCUCACUUCUCUUCGACACCUGACACUAUGGUCUUGUCCGAAGCUUAAAACACUUCCAUCUAGCAUUCAAAUGAUGACAACACUCCAAAGUUUGACUAUACGUCACUGCGACCUACUGGGACCACGGUGUGAAAGGGGAGGAGAGGAGUGGCACAUCCCGUACCUGAAAAUUGAGUAA